CUCUAUUGUUAUUCUUAAAUAUUCUUCAAACCAUGUGUAUGCAAUCUCAUACUACACUGUGUCUUGUUCACUGCUCCUCUGCAUCUGAGCGCUCUAUGUGGUGACCUUGUUUUAUCUAAGCGUCAAGAUCGAGUAAAUUGGUCAUCCCCCAGCCUACAUUAGACUACCAGCAUAACUAAAUAACUAGGAGCUCUCACCGACAUCUUGUCCUGACAAACCUUGUUUCCAAGGCCCGACUCCCGAUCCUUGCCUGGCCUUUAUCAUUAGCUCGUGAUCCAACUAUCGUUUACUGAUCUCUGUCCGCUUCACGACGUAUCUUUAUCUGGUUCAUAUAACGCCAAGGACGACUUCCCAAAGCUCCCACAGACAGCAUGGAUGGUGUUUCUAAAGAGGUGCUGGGCCAUGCCCAUCAACGUCCAGCAGCAAACUAUGGCCUCACGAUUCAAAUCCUCCGCAGCCUAGCUCUUCUAGCCUGGUUCAACUGCUGCUGCGUCUGCAUCGUCGCUACCCAGCUCGCGGGCGCUCCACUCUACUUCAUCAACCGCCAGUACUUCAACGCCUACAUGGCCAUGACGAAGCGCUCUUUUGGCAUCGCCAUAACUGCUUUGACGGAGUGGUUCUGCCCAACACCAAUCAGGGUUAGUGGAGACAAGAGUGUACAAGGCCAGUUCUUCAUAACAAAGGACGGGAAGUUGAAAACAAACUUUCCCGAACGGAUGGUCCUGAUUGCUAACCAUCAGGUCUACACCGAUUGGCUGUACCUGUGGUGGUUCUCAUACACCUCCCAGAUGCAUGGGCAUAUCUACAUCAUACUCAAAGAGUCACUGAAAUAUAUCCCCCUGAUCGGCCAGGGAAUGAUGUUCUACGGCUUCAUUUUCAUGGCGAGGAAGUGGAUUGCGGAUAAGCCUCGGCUGCAGCAUCGUCUCGAGAAACUGAAAACCGCCCAUGGUGGUCCCAGACCCGGCUCACUGCUUCUGGACCCGAUGUGGCUCCUGAUUUUUCCCGAAGGGACGAACCUGUCACGGAACACGAAACGGAUCAGCGACGGAUAUGGUGCGAAGCAAGGGAUCCCGCCGUUGCGUCAUCAGAUUCUACCACGUUCAACGGGCUUGUUUUUCUGUUUGCAACAGCUCAAGGGGACUGUUGAUUGGGUGUACGAUUGUACAGUUGGCUAUGAGGGGCCACCAAAGGGCAGCUAUCCAGACGCCUACUUCACCAUUCGCUCGACGUAUCUACAAGGCCGCCCUCCCAAGGUCGUGAACUUUUAUUGGAGACGCUUUGCCGUUUCCGAAAUCCCCCUGGAUGACCAAAAAGAGUUCGACGCAUGGGUGCACAAGCGUUGGAUCGAGAAGGACGACUUGCUCGAGCGGUUUUACGAAACGGGCCGGUUCCCUCCCUGCGAGUGGGUAUCCUCUUCAAACGGUGAUGCGCACAAGCAAAACCAGGAUGUCAUACCUGGUAACCCAAGCUAUUUUGAGUCUGCCGUUAAGCUGUCAUGGUGGGGCGAGUCGCUGCAGAUUUUUGCGGCUCUUGCUGGUCUUGGCGCUUUCUUCUGCUUAUUUUCUAGAUUUUGGAGAAUUGGGUCUUAAUGUAACUGUCUCGUUUUCCGCUACUAUUUGAUUUACUUUUGUUUUAUCAUGACGUGAUGGGCUGGUGGGGUAUACCCUUGUUGGACGGAACUAUUAGUAUUCUUUUUGGAAAGAACCUGCUUUGUUGGGGUGUUUCGUUCGGGUCCUUAAUUUUCCUUUUUUUACUUAUUUGGAUAGGCCAGUACAAGGAUCGUUUAGGAAACUUUCACAUUAUUAUUUAUUU